GAAUCUUCCUGUGGGAUAUUAAAAUCUUGAAUUGAACUUGUAUACACAGCACUGGUUUUUAGAAGAUCUGGGUUCUUUCUAGUCCUGGUUCUUGCACUGAGCAGCAGUCUCCUCUUGGCCAGAUCACCUAACUUCUCUGCAUCUGUUUAGUUGUGUACAAAGUGGAAUUCCUACCUCAAGAUUGUCCUGAGAGAAUAGAUUCUAAAGGAAGACUUCUAUUUGGUAAUUUGUUUAAUCAGUGCAAGUGAAAUUAACAAACAAUGGAUGUAGAAAAUGAGCAGAUACUGAAUGUAAACCCCACAGAUCCUGAUAAUUUAAGUGACUCUCUCUUUUCUGGUGAUGAGGAAAAUGCUGGGACUGAGGAAAUAAAGAAUGAAAUAAAUGGAAAUUGGAUUUCAGCAUCCUCCAUUAAUGAAGCUAGAAUUAAUGCCAAGGCAAAAAGGCGACUGCGGAAAAACUCAUCUCGGGAUUCUGGCAGAGGUGAUUCAGUCAGUGAUAAUGGAAGUGAAGCCCUUAGAAGUGGAGUAGCUGUGCCAACCAGUCCAAAGGGAAGGUUGCUAGAUAGGCGAUCCAGAUCUGGGAAAGGAAGGGGACUACCAAAGAAAGGUGGUGCAGGAGGCAAAGGUGUCUGGGGUACACCUGGACAGGUAUAUGAGGUGGAGGAGGUGGAUGUGAAAGAUCCUAACUAUGAUGAUGACCAGGAGAAUUGUGUUUAUGAAACUGUAGUUUUGCCUUUGGAUGAAAGGGCAUUUGAGAAGACUUUAACACCAAUCAUACAGGAAUAUUUUGAGCAUGGAGAUACUAAUGAAGUUGCAGAGAUGCUGAGAGAUUUAAAUCUUGGUGAAAUGAAAAGUGGAGUACCCGUGUUGGCAGUGUCCUUAGCAUUGGAGGGAAAGGCUAGUCAUAGAGAAAUGACAUCAAAGCUUCUCUCUGAUCUUUGUGGGACAGUAAUGAGCACAAAUGAUGUGGAAAAAUCAUUUGAUAAAUUGUUGAAAGAUCUACCUGAAUUAGCAUUGGAUACUCCUAGAGCACCACAGGUUUGUAUGAUUCUUCUUUUUCUUCAUUCCCUCCCCCCACUACACUUAGCUGCUCUGGAUAAGGCUACUGUACUCCUGAGUAUGUCUAAAGGUGGAAAGCGUAAAGACAGUGUGUGGGGCUGUGGAGGUGGGCAGCAGUCUGUCAAUCACCUUGUUAAAGAGAUUGAUAUGCUGUUGAAAGAGUAUUUACUCUCUGGAGAUAUAUCUGAAGCUGAACAUUGCCUUAAAGAAUUGGAAGUACCUCAUUUUCACCAUGAGCUUGUAUAUGAAGCUAUUAUUAUGGUUUUAGAGUCAACUGGAGAAAGUACAUUUAAGAUGAUUUUGAAUUUGUUAAAAUCCCUUUGGAAGUCUUCUACCAUUACUGUAGACCAGAUGAAGAGAGGUUAUGAGAGAAUUUACAAUGAAAUUCCGGACAUUAAUCUGGAUGUCCCACAUUCCUACUCUGUGCUUGAGCGAUUUGUAGAAGAAUGUUUUCAGGCUGGAAUAAUUUCCAAACAACUCAGAGAUCUUUGUCCUUCAAGGGGCAGAAAGCGUUUUGUAAGUGAAGGAGAUGGAGGUCGUCUUAAACCAGAGAGCUACUGAAUAUAAAAACUCUUUCAAGUCUUAGGGUGUUAUAAAAAUAUAUAUCUGAAUUGUAAGAGUUGUUAGCACAGGUUUUUUUUUUUU